UUUACAGAUGCUUAUAUUUUAAGAUGCACUUUUAAGCUUGGAGGGCAUUGUGGGGGUGGGUCCUGGGCAUUCUACUUGUUGGCAAGGCAGGCAUAGCAUCUGCCCAGGAUUCAGGUAGCCUCAAGCCCUGCUGAUGAAACUGAGGUGGGUCGAGGGGGUGUGUGUGUUUUUCACUGAAAAAUGUAUUCAGGGAUCAAGCCCCCUUGAAGGGCAGAAAGGAGAAGGGGCUAUUGUGACAGUCGUGAGACACUUGCACAGAUUGAACCUGGGCCCCCCCAAUGUGGUCCUACAGCAGAAGAUCCUGCUGUUGUGUUCUAGCUUCCCCUGCAUGGCAGGAGUGGAGAUGGGGGUGCUCCCAGGUGGUGUCACCCUGUUCUUGGGGUGUGGGGUGCUGCCAUUGCGACCCUGUUUCCUUGAAAACCACUUUGAUGUCACAGUGUCUGUUCCGUUUCAGAUGCCCAGGGCUGCAGCUCCUCAUACGUUGCUGCACAGUUCUGUAAACUCAGCCCAGCUGAAUCUCAGCUGUCUCAAGUGUACAUUUAAACCCAGGUGACUUAGUCUGAGUGUAUGGCUGGCUGAGCAGCCAAGUGGGUGCAGAGGCCAUCGCUGAAUUCUGGGCUGCUAUGCAGGGAGCUCAGAGCAGUGUUGGUACCAAAAAUUAUUUUUUAACUUGUGAACAAGUUUGUCAAGUAGUGGAAUUGAAUCUUGUGUGUGUGGAUUAAUAGCUGUGCUCUGUCUCAUAGGAAAAAUCCCACUGAAGAAGUCUCCAUGUCCAGCAGCAUAGCUAAAGGCAUGUGCUGGCCAAGGAUGGCCUGUCUCCUGGGGCGCCCUCUGGGUGGGGGAGGAAAGAGGUGUCCCAAGAACAGGAAGUCCUUUCACAAAGCAUCCGCUCUCUUCCUCUCCUCCUGAACCGAGUCACCCAGGGUCAGGGUGGGGUAGAUGUCAGUGGCCUUUGAGGCCACCUAUCUUGGCAUCUUGGCCCUGGAUUCACUUGUUGGUGGCCAGGGAAAAGACUGGCAGGGCCCACCAGCCAGUGGGUUCUCAGCAGCACCUGGCCUUCUCCACCUGUUCCCUAGGUCUACUGACCUUUAGCAGACUGGCAGCACUUACAGGGUAGUGCCUGGGAAGCUGUUCCUUUUGGCUGACUCCUUCCCAGUGCCUUGCCCUAUACCCAGUGGCUUCUCUCACAGCGCUGCUUCACCUGUUCACUGAGUUCUAAGAGCAAUAAAGGGUAUCCUAUGCUUGCAGAUGCUCCCAGGUCAGGGGUGGCUGGGGUUGGAAUGGUGCCACAGGGCAACACGAGAGCAGCCAUGCCUGUGAGGUUGGUGGUGCUGACGUUGGCUCUGCGAGGUCGGCUCAAGGUGGGUCUGGAUAUUGAGCAGGCCUGUCAGGGCGUUGUCACCCACACCAGGAGCACGCAGCAGGUGCGGCAGCCAGCAACACCUCCUCUUCUACUGGUCAGUGGCCCGGGAGCCUGUGUGUGUCCCAUCUCCAGCCUGUUUCACUGUGUGAACCCAAAUGCACAUUAAACUCUCAAACCUGCACUGACUGGGCCUUCCUUCCUCUCAUCUUUGCAGCAGCCCUAGGGCAGUCUAGGUAUGGGUACGGCAGGGUGGGAGGACUGGAAAAAAGGUCAAGCUGGGAUUCCAAUUCCAGAGCAAAAACAGUAACCACUCUGGAGGAUCAGGUUCUGAAAUAGUAGGAAAAGCAGAGCCCCAAACCACAGGAUAGGGAUUCUGUGUGGAAGCUGGUGGGCACAUGGACAGCUGAGCCACUGUGUAUCAUGUGACGGGAUAGGGAAUGGGCAGAGACGAAGCCAUGCUGGAGGAGACACAGAGGUUGGCCUAACUUGGUAUGCAGAAGGGAGGCUGCAGUAGACUGACUGGGAUCCCUCCGGGUCCUGGGCAUUUGCUCUGUAGAAUGCCCAAAACCCCAUCGGGUGUUCGUGGGUCCUGGAAAGUGACUGGGUCAUACCAGGCAUUUAUUAAUGGCUCCUUGUGUGCCCAGCUCUGGGAGUCAGAGGUAACAGACACCAGAAAGAGAUUCUAGGAAACAUUAAAUCUACCUCACCCAGAUAAAAUCCUGACUAGGACCGGGGACAGCCAGCCAGCUGGGCGGGUCCCCAUCAAGCCCUUGUUCUCGUGCCCUCCCAGACCCCAUGCAUUCUGAUCUGCACAAGCCAGGUGUCAGCAUCCCCAGUGGGGGAGGGGGCUGUCCUGGCACUGACCUGGAUAUCAGAUACUGCUGGGGAGGAGGCAGUGGGGUCAGGAAGGGAGGGUACAGUUUGACUCAUCAAAGGCAUCCUGAAGUUUCUCUGGCCAACUCCUCCAAGGGGCUGCAGACAAUCAGAGCUUUGUGAGCAGGGGCUGCAGCAUGGAGCAAAAAGGCAGCCACACAGAGGACUCCAGACCUAGGCCUGCUGAGGUAAGUGCCUUUACCAUUCCUGGGACAAGUCCCCUGGACAGGGGACAGGAGUGCCACCUACCCCUCUCCCUGCUCUUCAGCCCUUUCCCUGAGCAAGCCUCCUCCCUGGUCUCUAAAACGGCCCCACUCACAGCAACGUGUCCCCAGGUGAAGACCAAACCCUGCCGUGGGGGCUGGAGAGCCGCAGGCCUGCUGCUGCUUGCACUGGCCACUGCUGGGGCUGUGGCCGGAGGACUUCUUGGCUUUGUUCACAGGUCUCCCAAGCCACUGCUGCAGACGCUCCGACUGACACUCCCAAGCCCCCGUGUGCCCCGGUCCAACCAAACCACCCUGGUGGACGCGGCCCGGAAUGUGGCGACCAUCACGGUGACUCCACCUCAGAGCAACCACAGCUGGACGGUGCUGUUCGAUGGACAAAGUGGCUGCAUCUGUUACCGCCCUGCAGAGCACCCGGCCUGCUUCCUCCGCUUGAUGGAGGCCCAAGAUUGGGAGACCCUGCAACUGCUGAUGAACACUUCUGGGCCUUUCUGCAGGCCCAAGGGUCCCGCGUCCCCAGCCAGGACACCCACCAUGCCCAGGAGCUGCUGGCAGUGCUUGGGGACCACGCCGUGGACCCUGCCCAAGUGGGAGCUUCGGUGCAUCACCUUUGUGCAAAGACCCCCAUCUACUGGACCCGACGGGCAGAGGGUGAGUUGGGGCAGGCUGUGCGGGGAGGCCUGUGGCCUCCACAGAGAAUCUAAGGAGAGUCCUCGGGCAUUCAUGAGCCCCUCUCCCCACAGGACCCCAGAGGCAGCGGCUGAUCUAUCUCUGCAUCGACAUCUGCUUCCCGAGCAACAUCUGCGUGUCUGUCUGCUUUUAUUACCUCCCAGACUAAGCCCCCUCCCUGCCUGGCCCAGCCCGGCCCUUGCUCCUACAGGCCAGCACUGUCCCCACAGGCCAGCACCAAGGAGGGCGGCUGUUAUCAGUGCCUAAUAAACCCUUCUACCUGGCCAUGGU